AUGCCCGCUACUUUCCUAUUCACCUCGGAAUCUGUCUCCACAGGACAUCCGGAUAAGAUGUGCGAUCAGAUCUCUGACGCUGUCUUGGACGCUCACUUGGCUCAAGAUCCAAAUGCCAAGGUUGCCUGUGAGACUACCACCAAGACCGGAAUGGUUCUCCUUUGCGGAGAAAUCACCUCAAAGGCUGUUGUUGACUACCAGAAGGUCGUCAGAGACUGCGUUAAGAAAAUUGGAUUCACCUCUUCCGAUCUCGGAUUCGACUCUGCCACAUGCAACGUCGUCGUUGCUCUUGAGAGCCAAUCUCCAGAAAUCGCCGCUGGAGUCCAUCAAGACAAAGGAGAUGAUGAAGUUGGAGCUGGAGACCAAGGAAUCAUGUUCGGAUAUGCUACUGAUGAGACCAAGGAAACUAUGCCAUUGACUCUCCUUCUCUCCCACAAGAUUAAUGCUGAGCUUCACCGUCAACGCCGUUCCAAGGAACUCCCAUGGGUCCGCCCAGACUCCAAGUCCCAAGUCACAAUUGAGUACGAGUCUCGCAACGGAGCCACCAUCCCACUUCGUGUCCACACCGUCGUCGUUUCUACCCAACACGAUCCAAACAUCACUUUGGAGACUCUUCGUCAGGAAAUCAAGGAGAAGGUCAUCAAGGCUGUGAUCCCAGCCAACUUGUUGGAUGAGAACACCGUCUACCACAUCAACCCAUGCGGAACCUUCGUCAUGGGAGGACCAAUGGGAGAUGCCGGACUCACCGGACGCAAGAUCAUCGUCGACACCUACGGAGGAUGGGGAGCUCACGGAGGAGGUGCUUUCUCUGGAAAGGACCCAACCAAGGUCGAUCGCUCUGCCGCCUACGCAGCUCGCUGGGUUGCCACCUCUCUUGUCAACGCUGGACUCGCCAAGCGUGUGCUCGUCCAACUCUCCUAUGCCAUCGGAAUCGCCAAACCAAUUUCUGUUCUCGUCUAUGCCUUCGGAACUUCUCCACUCACUGAUGAGGAGCUCCACGAGAUCGUCGAGGACUCUUUCGACCUCACCCCAGGAGCCAUCAUCAGAGAGCUCGACUUGAAGCGUCCAAUCUACGAGAAGACUGCUGAGAACGGUCAUUUCGGUCAUGCCGAGUUCCCAUGGGAGCAGCCAAAGGCACUCAAGAUCAGCCCAGCACUUAUAGAGAAGGUCAAGGGAGGAUCCGUCAUUCCAGCCACCUCUGCUAUCGCUCACUAG